GUGGACUCAUCGGCCGAUACUCUACUGAAUGAACCGAUCAAAAGAAGUAGAGGCAGACCAAAGAAAUUGAUGACAUUAUCGUCGUCAGCGACAACUGAUAGUCAAAUAAUAGCCAUAAAUUACCGGAGAAGCUAUAACUGUGAUUAUACCGGUUGUGGCAAACAAUUUAGAUUUAUAUGUUUACUGAAGAAACACAUCCAAAUGGAUCACAAAGAAGAGCGACCGUUCAAAUGUGAUGUCGACGGCUGUGAUCAACGUUUCUAUCGAAAAGAGCACAUCAAACGACAUAAGACUUAUGUACACUGCGAUGACAAGCCGUUCGGGUGUGAGUGGCCGGGAUGUGGCCUACGGUUUAAGGAUAAAGCAAGAGUUAGGUUACAUCAUAGACAACAUACAGGCGUUGAUCGCAAAGUUCCGGGCAUUUCGGGUAAAUUUACGAGAAAAAAGUGGAAAAAACAGCCGAAAGAGAUACGUGAAUACAAAUGUCAUUACAUUGGUUGCGAUAAAGUGUAUAGACAUCGACCCAAUCAGUUGGCAAUACACAUACGUACCAAACAUACCGGUGAGCGGCCAUUCAAGUGUCCAGAAUGUGACAAAACUUAUCCAUUCGAACGAAAUCUGAAAAUUCAUAUGAAAUCUGUUCAUCCGAUUGAUCGAAAAGAGUAUAAAUGUCGUUACGAUGGUUGCAAUAGAGAGUUUCGGUUUGAGUCGACUUUGAAACACCAUUAUCUGAGACACGAAAAUCUAGUCGAAAGGCAAUUCAAAUGCGAUGUCGACGGUUGCGACAAAAGUUUCUACCGUAAGGCGCAUCUCAACGAUCAUAAGGCUUAUCUGCAUAGCGAUGAACGGCCGCUGCCGUGCGAAUGGCCCGGUUGUGACAAACGGUUUAAGUUUAUUCACGAAUUAAGGAAUCAUAGAGAACGUCAUACGGGUGUCCUACAGUACCGGUGCGACAUUGACGGCUGUAAUAAGGCAUUUACAUCCAAAUCGGGUCUAUUUAGUCACAAAAAAUCACAUACUAAACCCUAUGUGUGCAGUUGGCCGGCGUGUGAGGCCAGGUUUGAAUGCAAUGUUAGACUAACAGAUCAUACCUAUGAACACCAGGGACUCAAACCACAUAAAUGCCAUUUCCAGGGAUGUGUUUGUAGUUACAGUAGUCGAGUAUCAUUGAGACAUCAUUUGAAACUCAAACAUAAUUAUGUUAAAUCUAUUUUGAUUGAAAUGAUGGCAAAUGUAAUGAUUAAGGAUGUGUUGGAUGAGUUGAGUGAAGAAAAUCAGAGACUUUUUGAUGAAUUAAGAUAUUGUCAGCAAUUGAUGGAAAUGUUUGAUAAAUACAGACAUUUAGUUAAGAGUUUGCAAACAAAUUGUAUUUGUAUUGAAAACAUUGGAUUAAAAACCAAAUUCAAUGAACUGGAAGACCAAUACAUGACCAUAAAGUCGAUGAAGAUUUACGAUAAUAAAAAACUCAAGACUCAAUCGGAUGACAAUCAUAACGACAAUAAUAAUGAUAAUAAUUGUAAUAAAAGUGAUGAUGAAUGCGAUAAUAAUGAUAAUAAUAAUUAUACGGUAACUGUGGACACAUCGGCCGAUAGUGUAAUGAAUGAACCGAUCAAACGAUGCAGAGGUAGACCUAAGAAGUCAAUGAUAGUAUUAUCGUUAGCCAAACAAAAACGAGUUGAAAAACAGUUGAAAUCGGUAAAUGACCGGAAAGUUUAUAAAUGUGAUUAUACGGGUUGUGAAAAAUGUUUUAAUAAUAAACAGCGACUGAAAAUUCACUUACGGGUCAAACAUACCAAUGACCGGCCAUUCAAGUGCGACAAAUGCGACAAAACGUUUCCAUUUCAACAAUAUUUGAAGAAUCACCAGAAGUCUGUGCACACGACUGUCCGUAAAGUCUAUAACUGUCGUUACGAUGGUUGCGAUAAACAGUUUCGGUUAGUAAACAGUCUGAAAGAGCAUCACUUGAGACACGAAAAUCGUUUGGAGCGGCGAUUCAAAUGCGAUGUCGACGGUUGUGACAAAAGUUUUUACCGAAAAUCGCAAAUAAAUACACAUAAAACAUAUAUACAUAGCGAUGAACGGCCGCUGCCGUGCGAGUGGCCCGGUUGUGACAAACGGUUUAAGUUUAUUCGCGAAUUGAAUAAUCAUAGAGAACGUCAUACGGGUGUCCGAAACUACCGGUGCGACAGAGAGGGCUGUAAUAAGUCAUAUGCAGCCAAAUCGGGUCUAUUUAUUCACAAACAAACACAUAUUAAACCAUUUGUAUGCAGUUGGCCGGCGUGUGAGGCCAGGUUUGAAUGCAAUUAUAAACUAACAGAUCAUAGCUAUGAACACCAGGGACUCAAACCACAUAAAUGCCAUUUCCAGGGAUGUGUUUGUAGUUACAGUAGUCGAGUAUCACUGAGACAUCAUCUGAAACUUAAACAUAAUUAUUUAAAAUCUAUUUGCGAGAAAUCAUGA